AUGACUAAACGUAAGCACGAAGUCGUUAAACUGAUCGUAAAAGACAAAGUUUUAGGCGUUUGCUUUUUCAUUCAUCUGUUUAGAGUCUUUGCGGACAAAGAAAAUGCCCAUUUGACAACGCCCCAAAUUUUGACCAAAUAUGGAUACGCGAAUGAAAUACACCACGUGACCACUUCUGAUGGGUACAUUCUAACCCUUCACCGCAUUUUGCGUGAUAAAAACACGACCCAUAAACCUGUCCUGGUACUCCAUGGACUGUUUGUUGAAUCAAGUAGCUUCGUUUCCACUGGGGUGAAAAAUGGUCUAGCUGAUGAAAGUUACGACGUCUGGCUUGGCAACGUUCGAGGAACCCCCUCCUCGCGCAAUCACACCACACUCCACCCAAACCGAGACCCCAAGUUCUGGGACUUCAGCUGGCACGAAAUGGGCACGAUUGAUCUUCCCGCAAUGGUCGAUUACGUUUUGAACGUCACCCAUCAAGCUAGCCUCUACUAUGUGGGGUACUCCCAAGGUACCACCAUCUUUUUCGUAAUGAUGGCAACCCACCCCACUUAUAACGCUAAAAUCAAAGUACAUAUGGCCAUGGCACCUGUUGCUUAUUUGGGCCACAUGAAAAGCGUCUCAGUUGGUACCAACUGGAACAAUAUUUUAAACCUGUGGUUCAAAGUUUUCAAAAUUAAUGAAGUUCCUCCAAAUAAUCUGUUUUUUGUGUUAAGAAGAGUAUGCUCUUUUAGUUUCAGGUUGUGUAAUUUAAUUUCUAUGGCCAUUUUUGCCUCUAAAACAAAUCAAGAGGAUUCAAACACGCUGACUUAUUUUUUGAGACACUUUGUAAGGUACGACUUUGGAAGAAAGAAGAAUGAGGAAGUGUAUGGGUCUUCGACUCCUCCUUCGUACAAUUUGUCGCUGGUUAGCACAAAAUGUCACUUGUUUUAUAGUCGGGAUGAUUUAUUAGUGACUGAAGUGGAUGCUGUUAGAGUAUGCAAGGAACUAGGUGGUGCUUGUGCUAGUAGCAAUUUAGUCAAUGGUACUAUUAAUCACCCGGAUUGGUUGAUAGGGAACAGGAUUAGGGAGUUGGUUUACUCGAAACUGUUAAACAUAAUGGCUGAUUAUUAA